AGUUACCUACAAAAAAGGGACAAGCAAUUGGAUAGGACAUCUUAUAUUGAUUGAUACAGUUUGAUUUGUUUUCAUAUUGUACGUUUUUUAUACAGGUCCCCUUAUUCAAGUCUUUAAUGAGAAGAGUAAGUCCAGUUUGUGGCCCAUCAAAGAUCGGAAGGAGAAGGAGGUGAUAUGUCAGGUUUUCCUCUUCACCAAUCAUAUGCUUCUGACAACCCGAGCAUCAAACGGCCGGCUACAUCUCGCCAAAACUUUGCCUAAAAGGCAGCACUAUGGGAAGAUCCCCCUAAUUGAUUGUACACUAAUAGAGGACCCUGGAGCAGAACCCUUUAUAAAUGACCCAGACACAUCUUCGGUAGAUUCCAUAGACAGCAUCCGAAGUACCAGCUCCCUAAACACCCUUAUCCAGCCCGGGGAGAAGGAGACGCGCACAGAUUACAAUGGACUAGACUUUAAAAUUAUAGUGGAUACCAAGAGUGGAAACGGGACAUCCAUAACUUUAGUGGCAGCCACUCGCCAGGAAAAACUGGCGUGGUGCUCCGACAUCAGUCAGUGUAUAGAAGACCUGCACUACAGUGAUCUCCUGAAUACCUCAAUGAGUGAAUCAUCCUCCGUCACCAUGCCUCAAUCUGUCAG